AUGAUGCAGUGGGGCCCCUCGAGAGCCGCAGCAGCAGCAGCAGCAGCAGCGGCAGUUACCCUGCCGUCGCUGCUGCUGCUGCUGCUGCUGCUGCUGGUAGGGGGCCCCCAGCCUUCUUCCGCUGUAAGGGCCCCCUACAGCAACAGAAACUCAAUACCGCUCUAUCAUCCACGGGGGGCCCCCCUUGCCUUUGUCUUGGGGCCCCUAACCUGCAGCAGCUUCUAUCCCCGCCACAGCUGCAGCGAGCUGCAGCAGCAGCAGCAGCAGCAGCAGCGGCAGCGGCAGCACUACGUGAAGGCAGCAACGGCAACAGCAGCAGCAGCAGCAGCAGCGGCAGCAUCAGGAGAAGAAGGGAGGGCCCCUGAGGGGCCCCCCGAAGUGUCUCUCUCUGAAGCCUUAGAUACUGCAGCAGCAGAACAUGUUAAACAGUCAAUUGCUGCUGCUGCUGCAGGUGGAGAUGGCAUUGUAAGGAUAAGCUCUAAGACAGAAGACGAAACAGCAGCAGAAGCAGCAGCACAUGCUGCUGCUGCUGCUGCAGGAGAUGCAGCAGCAACACCAGAGGCCCUAAUGAGAUCAGCCAGGACCUUCGAUGCUGCGAACCCUCAUAGCUGGCCUCGAGGCCCAGCUAGGGGCCCCCUGGGGGCCCCCCAUAGUGGGGGCCCCUUGGGGGCCCCCUAUGGGGGGGGCCCCUAUGGGGGGGCCCCCUAUGGGGGGGGCCCCUUGGGGGGCCCCCGUAGUGGGGGCCCCCUCCCUAAUAUGAUGGGGGGCCCCCCGGGGGCCCCCCCAAUUAAGCCUGGGGGCCCCCUUGAAGCUUUAGCAGUUUGUAUGGAGAAGGGUUUAGAGAGAGGGGCCUCUUGGCUGAGGAGGUGGAAGCAAAAUGAAGAACGAGUGCUGCCAGUGCUGCUGUCAAGGCUCGAAGAAAAUGCUGCAAUCACGCUAGGGCAGAAGACAGUAGUGCAGCUCCCCGAGCAGCAGCGCAUGCAAUUCGUUGAGGGUAUGAAAGAGUUAGGUGCUGCAGCAGUAAUUUUGGGGUAUGCGGAGAUGGAUGAAGGAGCAGCAGGUGCAGCAGCAGGUGCAGCAGCUCGUGCAGCAGCAGCAGCAGCAGCAGCAUCGGGCGACGCAGCAGCAGCAGCAGCACAACAAGCAGCAGGAAACAUUGUUCUUGUAGGUUUUGCUGCUGUAGCAGAGCCGAUCGAUGUGCGUUUGUUAGACACGAGUGGCGAGGUAGGCCUACGAAUUGUGGGGAGAGUUAAAGUCUUAGGUGUACAGGAAGCUAACGAGCAAGGCUUCAAGGUGCGUGCGGUGCCUUGGUGGGAUGAGAGGCGAGGGUUUACCGACCCCGCAAAUGUUAAGGAGGUAAUCGGCGCGCUGCAUUCUCUUGUAGACAGAUGCAACAAACUCGAGCUCAAAUACAGGCAGCUUCAGCGACGUUUUCAUCAGGCUCAUUUGGUGUCUCUUCGGCCGUCUUUGAGUUUAACUGUUAGCGAAAUGCUCGCAGAGUUGAAUAACCCAACUGAAGAGGAGAUUGCAGAGACUGUCUCCUUUUGUGCCCUAGACCAUCAUUUAGAUGCAAGAACAAGGUGCUGGGCUAACUCGCAGCAAGACACUGAAAUGCGUUUAGAUUUGGCGAGGAGAGCGAUAGAGGCGAAGGUUAAGAAACUGCAGGCAGAGAUAAGAAACCUUAAAGCUAUUGAAGAAGACCCACGAGCUGCUGCUGCUGAUGCUGCUGCUGCUGCUGCUGCGCCUCCCCCACACCCAGCAGCUCCGCUGGAUAUACAUCAGGAGGAACCUGAGGACGUCUACGCGGGGCCUCCUGUUUCUUAUGAGUAA